UCCCCCCUCCCUCAGCCAUCGUAGCAAAGGCCAUUAAGCUAGAAACACGUGGACAAACAGCUUUGCUACUAGAAUAAGGUUUCUCAAUUGAUUACACUAUCUUUGUCGAAAUCGUGCCAUUAUUGCUGUAGAUCUUCGUGUUCCAGUAGGUUUACCGGACUUUUUUUUUCUUUGCAUGACUAUAUUGAGUUUUCAAUUCAUGUUACAUGCAACAUGACGUAAUCUUCUUUUAAAUUAAUAUAUCUGUGAGUGUUUAUCUGUCAUGCAUUUUGAUACCGGUCCCUUGUUUGCCAUAUUUUACCGGCUAUGUACUGAAACAUUACUGCGAUUCCACAGGUUAUUAGAAAUAAAUGUCACCGGAUUUUACAAUCCAGGCUACUAAUCAUUGUCCAGGCGCGUUAGUUUUCCAUACGUCGCAUUGAAUAAAUGUAAUGAACACUAUUUGCAAACAGAUAACGGGGGGGCUAAUGGUAGGGUUUUGUGUGCGAACAGGAGCAUUAUAAUUAUGGUAACAAAAGACUACAAAUGUAAUAUUAGAGCUGGAGCGAUUGACAUGGGGAGGUGCUGCACGGUGGUUAUGUAACGGGCUUUUUCCAGCUGCACACUGUUGUAGUGACUCGAUCCUUUAGGAGGUCCGAAAUCCGGAGACUUGCUUCGGAAUGCUGCAGGAAAUUCCCAGCACCCUCGCCACGAGUCCGGCGCAGAUGCAUGCAGCAUGCAAGUAUGCAUGCAAACAACGCGCUUUCCCCCUUGGCUGGAUCUCCAGCUGCCUACGACUGCCGGCACGACCGUAACAAAGUUAUUUUCUUACUGCAUAGCAGACAAUUAAGGAAAUAGGAAUUUCUAACACCUGCACUUGCGAAGAGUUAUUCUGCAUGUAAUUCGCCCGUCGCGAUGCAAAGCGGCGUAUGGAGGAGCGCAGCUUCGCGGCCAGACUCGUCCCCCGUGUUGCUGUAAAUAGUGGGACACGGGAGAACUUGAACACAUGUAAGACUUUUUAAUAUUGAUAAUAAUAUUAACGGACAACAUAGUUUGCUCGUAAUUUUUUUUAACGAGGGCAGCGGCAUGGGAAGCGUGGGUAGCCGCGGGAAAAAGGUGGCACCUGCGUCUCCGGAAGAGUCGAGUGCUGACGGGGAGCAGCGUGAUCGCAGCGGGGCCGGCGGCUCCAUAAAGCCGCCCAAAAUGCAGAAUGUGACUGAGCUGAGCAGGUCCCGGGACGGAGCCCCACCGGCCUGCCACAGCCAAGGACUGUCCGCUGACGACUAUGACGUCAUGGACGCGGAAUUGGACGGCGCGCUGGCGGAGUACGACGGUACAAGAGCCGUUGCCGGUGAGAUCUCCCGGAAGGGCGGCUUCUGUCAUCCCGGACGCCAGUACAAGGGAAGCGGCUUCAGAUCCGUUUAUAACUCAGAACUUUCUAAAGAAACUCCGCGUCCUUGUGACGUGGAUCGCAGGGUCGAUUUCAAGAAAGAUUAUUAUAGUAAAAAUACCAAACCUGCGCUUAGUUUUCCAGAUAGACCUACUUGUCCUGGCGGAUUACGGGAAAAGGACAGUUUCCAGGAUCGCUCACUCACCAAGGAGACAGCCUCGGUCCCUGGAACUUGUGAGAUUACAUCCAUCCGGUAUAACAGGUCAGAGGAGGACCUGAUGGAGACCAUUGAGAGAGAAUUCAGCUGAUGAUGACCGCAGGGAGAGUCCGCAGUGCUGCUCACUGACACAAAAGAGAAGCUGUUUUUGGUCGUGUGGCACAGCUCUGGUACCCAGAGAUGAAUUACAGGAACUGUUCUGUCACUUUCUAUGACUAUUAUAAAAUCUCCGCUUUGGUUUGGGGCAGCCAUAACUAUACUCAGCUGUACAACCAGUUCACUGGAUACAGUUGUUGCUAGACUGCACGUUAUUUAAGAGGCAGUGCUGGUGCAGGUUUGCUUUGGCCUCUUAGUCCCCCUAAUUUACCGCCUAUUCCUGUAUUUCCAAUCUGUCGAAGCGUAAUGUGAUGACAGAGCCCUGGCAGCAUGUGACUUGACUGUGUUAGCCUGUAGGUCACUGCCAGCUGCCCAAUAUCGAAAAAUCAAGGUGAAUGAUAAAACAGAGUAUAUUAACGGCCAGUGGUUUCCGUGACUCAUGUGUGAUCACCCCAACCAGACCACAGCGAUCUGUCGCCAUUACCUUGGUGACCGGUUUCCCUGAGAAUAUUUAACGAGCCAGAGGGUAGCAUUCUCUUGCUAACACUGUAAAUGAUUACUUACGUCCAUGUGAGCUCUCAUGCUCAGCUCACGGUCGUUUGUUUUUUAGGCAUGGUGUGUUCUUAAUGUCUAGGCUUUUUAAUCCCCACUUUUUUAAACUGAGGUCUGAUUAUACUGUAAUAAAACUUAUGUAACAGACUAAAACCGGCCUUUUAUAAGGACGUUAACCUUAAAUUCACCACACAGAAAAGAAUUUGGGUCGCGAGGCGGUGCUGAUCCACGAUCAGAUUUCCCAGCCGAGUACUAGAAUUAGCCCAUAUAAACGGGUAUUUGGUCUUCAGAUGCUUAGAGCAAAACUAGUGAACACAAAACCAAUCCAAGAAGCCAAACCGCAGAUGCUGAAUUUAAAAUUCACUGGCACAUCCAAUCAGAUUCGUGCGAUAGGCGUUGAUUGGCGUAAACUGCAGAGUGCACUGCACGCUUAAUAAUAGCGUUAACUUAAACCUAUACUUAAUACAGGGUCGCCACUGAGCCGGUAAAAACUGGGUCGCGGUGCAAAAAUGGUUGAGAACCACUGUUCUCGAGAAAGGAUAUUUCAACCCUUGCUUUCUUAUAUUUGGCGCAGAUGUAUAUUGGGGCGGGACAGGAAUGUUUUUCUUGCUUACUCCCUAGUUUUGUAAAAUAUGUCUGUAUAUUUAAGUCUCUUUUCCUGCCCAGAAUUCCCAAGCGGCACGCCCCCUUCCUGAAAGAGAACCUUUACGCUGAACUGGGGUUCUCUGUGGCUUCUUGCCCGGCAUGGAAACCAUCCCACGGCUCCCCCUGUUUUGAAUGCGCGUUUAUACUACCAUCUUGUGGUAACCUCGGGCGUUACACUGCGCAAAUAGUCUUGGUGGGAAAAAUAAGCUUCUGUAUCAGGUAAAGCAGGGUUUCUUCAGUUUACUUGAAGAAUUUCCGUAAUUUUGGAAAAUUAAGCUUUACUUUUUCCCCAUUAAAAUAAAUAACAACCUGAAAUUAUCAUUAUGUCAAUUAAUUGAAAAGAUAUCGAGUUAUUAAAUACAAAAAGCGUUAAGGUGUUUUUUUGCUUUAAAUUGUUUAAUUUAGUUGAUCAUUUCUAAAUCGUACUGAAUUAGUUUUUGAAUGUAAAUAAAUUAAUUGCUCAGGGCGAUGAACAAUUGAAAAGCCACCAUCAGGUCAUUAUAAAGCUCUUUAAUUAGACUCUGUCAUUUCUUCAUAUCCCAGAUUAAUCGAGGCAGCUUAAUUGAGAGCUCAGCUGCGACACUGAGCAUUUUAAUGAUUUUUAUUGUCGGUGCAUAGUAGAGAUAUAGAAGAAACUCUUCUGGAUGGUGCUACAAAAUCGGUGAGUAAUACCACUUUUCUGGCGUAUAUAUUUGCAGGGUUCUUGGCCCGAAUGCACGGUGAACUCGGGGGUUAGCAAUAAAGGCUCAAUCUAAAUUAACUGUAAUCGUGUGACCAUAGUCAUGUGACAAAUGAGCAAAGUCCGUCUCAUCCCCUCAAUCAACCGAGUUCAAACUGAAUACCUGUGGGUUGCUGAAAGGUUGUCACCCCGGUUUCGAUGUGUAGCUGUGUAGCUUAAUGCAUAGGAAUAAUGGUAUUUGUUCCGUUAAAUACACAAACACCUGUAUGUUCCAUCGAAAAAUAAUUUAAUAGUCAUUCUGGUAAAACCCAGUCCGCAUUUGUUGCUAAGCCGACUUGUGAAUCGGACUACAAAACGGUCACGUGAAUGUCUGUAAUUGUUUUACAAUUGGUCCAGGCUUUCAUUUGUCACAUGCGAGGUAUAGUCAGACCAUAACCGGUAGUGAAAUGCAAGGUGGUCAACACCGCCAUAAUAAACGAUGAAAGCAAAAGUCAUUUAAAAGUAGGCCUAACAGUAUCAUAAAUAGUCAUAAAUAAGGACAGUUAUACUGUACAAAAACUAGAAGACCAGAGAUGUUCAACACAGGUCUAAUAAAGUGUGAGGUGCAUAAAUAAGGGGAGAAUAUAAGUUCGAGGUGCCAAUUAAGCAUUAAGGGCUCUAAAUUAGACUGUCUAAUUGUAGAAGCUCCUUCUGAGCCGCUCACUUCUCACUGUGAGACAGCAGAAGCGCUUUCCAUGGAUACGUUAUUUAUUUACACCGCCUAAAUGUGAUUGUGCUGCAUAUCAGCGCUCUGCUUCACCAAAUAUCAGCAAAACCGGCGAUGAUCGGCAGCAGAAGCGGCCGCUUUCGGUGUCCGCUUAUGACGUCAUAAAGACUGAGAGGUGGGUAUGCAAUGCGAAACCCGAUUGGUCGCACCCACCCAGCGCCCCUCCUACCUGCACUCUGAUUUGUCAAAGGGUUCUACUGGGAGGGGGGUGUGGACAAAGCCUUCAGGAUAAAUAAAACGCAGCCGCUGAAGUUGGCUUUAUGUAAAGGGACUAAAAUCGUGUUAGAUCCGUAACGAAAGGAUAGCCAUCAGUGACCAUUAUGAAUUUGCAUUGUUGUCGUGAUAUUUUCACGGUUUAUUAACUUUUAUGUGUGUCAUGGAGAGCAAGAUGGGGUAAAGGGAAAAGAGAAUUUCCCCACGGGGGUUAAUAAAGCAUCACUCCUGUUUG